CUUAUCGAUCGUCCCCAAAGGAUUUUUUUGUAUCUAUUUCUGUGUCUUGUGUGUGUAUAUAUAUGUGUGUGAUACGCACCAGUUUACUUCCAUGUCAUCCAUCAGAAACUUUCCUACGCAUCGACGCUAUUCACUGUUGCAUUUGUUGUUUUCUGAGUAACUUUGGAUUUGUAUGAGUAUAUCGAUAUCUGCAUCUGUUUUUUUGUGCGUGUGUGAUUGCCAAGGGAUUUUCGUGGGAGGAGUUCGCUGCAGGCUUGUGAUCUGAGCGCACGGAGUAGCUGAUUGAGAAGGAGAUCGAUCGGGGGAUUUAAAGUUCGUUAUUCUUAAAGUUCUUCCUUUAACUUUUAUUUUGAUUUUAUAUUUUUUUUCUUGCUGCAAGUGUUGUUUUGCGUUUUAUUUUUUUGAAGAAUUGAUGUUCGGAAGCUUCUUGAUUGGGGAAUUCUGAACUUCCAGUGGAUUUAUUAGGCGGCGUUGUUGAGAUCACUUGAAAUUGAUUCGCUGUGUUUAUGUUUAUUUUUGUGCUCCAUUGAUUAUUUGUGAAUAUAUAUGUGUAUGUAUUAUUUGUGAAUCUGAGUUGCAAUUUGUUGGCUGAAUAACUGAUUAUCUUCGAUGAGCUUCAUUAUCUCUUCGAUAAACCCUGAAUUUCACUGAUUUAGAGCGGUAUCGGCCGAAUUUUGAUUUAGAUAACCAUUGCUUAAUAGAGAUGAGAACAUCUUCUAGGGAGAUAGGUUUUGUAACAUCGUUGGAGUUCAUUUUUCGAGAUUUUCCUCUACCAGGUUCUGUCACCUCUCUGUGUGAAUCUUCAAGGAAUGGCGAUAUAUGGUGUUGAUAAUGAAUUUAUUGUUAAUCUCAUACUAACCUGGAUGGAAUAGUAAGGCAUGUUUAAGCUGCCAUAUAUUUGCACAAGUGUUCUGGUGCAGGGACAGGGGCUCUGUUCCAAAUCUGAUGCAGGUGUUCCUUUUCUAUCUUUUGGUUUGAUGUGGAACAACUAUUUAGGACUUCUUCUUCAAACUUUUCAAUACCUGUGUUGUUAGGGAUAUCUAUCAGGAAAUUUACAUAAGGACCUGAGGGUUGUUGAACCAGAAGCACAAUUAAUAUAUAUUGUGGAAUCUUCUGUUCUUUUUUUGGAAUUUUGGCAGCCUCAUUGAUGUUUUCGGGAUCAUUGAUUGAUAGGCUUAUGAUUUUGGAUUCUCAGUAGAGUUCUUAGGAUGUCAAAUAUUUGUACUCUGGGAUUAAGACUCAGUGAUGCAUUCAAGAACAAUAUUCUUCACUUGUUAUCCACCUUUGACUUAUUCAUUGAUCAACUUUGAACCUCUUGUGUGGAACUCCUGCGUUGCUCGAGCUGUUUGGGUUUCACUGGUGAUCGGUUGUUAUUAGCCCAUGUUUUUAUCUGGGAAUUUCCAAGCAACUGAACUCUCCUGCCUUGCUGAAAUCGACCUUUCUAGGGUUCCCAAGAACAUGCAUUUAUUUGUAGGUGAAUAAAUCACCUCCAAGAGUAGGUGGUAAUUGCUAAUGACCUGGUUCCACAUUUCAUGCUUGGAACUUUUUAUUGGAUGACAUUUUGGACAUUUUAGUGGUUUUGGUGUUUUAUCAUGUAGUGAAGACGAGAUGGAGCAGUUCCUGGUUUGAGGUAGGCUUGUUCUCCCGAGGAUAAUUAGGAUAACAUGAGACAUCAACCUAUUAUUAUUUUAAGUUUUGCAUGAUUUUGUUUCUAUUGCUUUUACAGUAGGUUGAAAUGGGAUCGAAUUGGUGUCUGCUUAAAGGGUUUUGUCGAGAAAUGGUUUGUCUGCAGCUUGAAGAUUGAAGUGCUGGAAUGCCACAAUGAUAUUCAUUUAUCGAGAUUCUUGUAUUGUUUUGAGCAAUUAUCCUUCUGGGGAUUUCUAUUGUUGGAGCUUGUUCGACUCUAGUUGGAUUUAUUUGUUGCUGAUUCUCUUGGUCUGGAGCAAAUGUUCAACAAAAGCUACAUGAUCUUGAGGUGCUUUGUUAAUUUUCCAGCUUCUACUUAAUUGGUAUUAUCAGAAUCAACGAAUCAAAUGGCUUGUGUGGCUGCUGAUUACUGUGGCACCCCACCCCAUAUGGAGGCAAACACUUCUACCUUCGAAGAAAAUGAUAUGGAGAGAAGGAUAAAGGCUUGUGAGUCUGAAUUGCAGCAGCUCACACUAAAAGAGGAUACUGUGGAAAGUGAAAUACCGUGUCAUGAAGAGAUGUCCGAUGCCGACAUACUUGAUAAGGGAUAUUUGGAAUAUGGGUGCUCUCAUUAUCGUCGGAGGUGCCGCAUUAGAGCCCCCUGCUGUAAUGAAAUAUUCGAUUGCCGUCACUGCCAUAACGAGGCAAAGAACAAUAUUUGCGUGGAUCAAAGGCUCAGACACGAUCUUCCCCGUCACUCAGUUGAGAAGGUCGUAUGCUCCCUUUGCAACACUGAACAGGAGGUCCGACAAGUUUGCAAAAAUUGCGGCGUUUGUAUGGCGAAGUACUUUUGUGGAAUUUGCAAACUGUUCGAUGAUGAUACAUCCAAACAGCAGUAUCAUUGCCAUGGCUGUGGCAUUUGCAGGAUUGGGGGCUCUAAGAAUUUUUUCCACUGCAACAAAUGUGGCUGUUGCUACUCUGCUCUUUUGACGAGCGGCCAUCCCUGCGUCGAGAGAGCAAUGCACCAGAAUUGUCCAGUCUGCUUUGAGUAUCUAUUCGAGUCGGUUAACGACGUAAUUGCGUUGCUGUGCGGGCACACCAUUCACAAAACAUGCCUAGAAGAGAUGCAAGAACACUAUCAAUACGCCUGCCCGAUCUGCUCCAAGUCGGUCUGCGACAUGUCGAAGGUGUGGGAGAAGUUCGACAUGGAGAUCGCCGCCACGCCUAUGCCCUCAUUUUGCGAAAACAGGAUGGUUUGGAUCCUUUGUAACGAUUGCGGGCGCAAUUCAGAAGUUAAGUAUCACGUCGUCGCGCACAAGUGCCCCGAAUGCAAGUCGUACAAUACACGCCAGAUAAGAUAAAGAUAAAAUAAGAUAAGAUAGAUCUGUAACAAAAAUAUAUAAAUAGCAUUGUUUGACUCGGACAGACAAAGUCGUGCCAUGAAAGCAUCAUCAAAAAUGCUCUCUUUAUGUUGUUGCUCGAAGCACGCUGAAAUGUCGUGAAGAAGAAGGCUUGUGUUCGUUUAUUAGUACUAUCUUUAUGCAUGUAAAAAUGUAAUGAGACUUAUUUUAUCUUCUUGCUUGAGAUUAUCGAUUCAAACGGUUUAAUAAUUAUAA